AUGGGCUCAUGGAUUCUCAUGUCUCAGGUGACGUGCCGUCGGGCUUCUUUGUCCGGAGAUUGCAGGAUCGAAGGCUCAGCAACUCAGGGGGCUUUAGGGGCCGCAAUGGCCCGGUGCCGUUUCUGCCAGAGGUGUUGGAUCCGCCUAAGCAGCCUGUGGCUCCUGGACUGCCGGGACCCAAUAGAUGCCAGCCCGGGCCCGACGGUGUUGGGGUACAAGCCGGGCAGGGCCUCGUUUCAAAGUGUGGUGCGUGCGAUUCGGCAGCUUGUCUCCCCCUACUUCACGGAUGCGGCCAGCCGGCUCCGGGCUUGGGCCAUGUUGCUGCUUGUUUUUGCGUGCAUGUACUGGGAGGUUUCGAUGUCUAUUCGCGUGGCUGAAGCUGUGAAGGAGAUGCAAAACGAGUUGGUUGACAAGAGCUCGGAGACGUUUUGGCCGGCAUUUUGGGAAGUUGUUAAGCUUCGCAUGUUGGUGUGGCCGAUUGGUCUCUGCAACAUAGCUGGAACAACAGUCAUCAACCUCGAUUGGCGCAGGUACUUAACGGAACGGACGCUGAAGUUGUACGUUAACAAGGAGCAGGCUUUUUAUCGGCUGGGGCUGCAGUAUGGCAGCGUGGACAAUCCAGAUGCGCGCAUUGCACAGGACAUCGGUUCUUUCACACGUUGGUCGUGCAAGCUCAUGAAGCAUUUUGCCACAGAUGUGUUCAAGAUCUUCAUGAAUUCGUACGCGUUAUUCCAGAUCUCCCGGCGUCUAUUCUAUAGCCUGAUCUGUUUCUCUCUGCUUUACACUGCUGUGUCUCUUGGCCUUUUUGCUGGGCCUUUGGUGCGCAUCCAACGCCGAGUCUUGGCCAUGGAGGCGAACUUGCGACACGUGCUGAUGCGGCUGCGUGAACAUGCGGAGUCGGUGGCGUUUUUUGGAGGGUUUCAGUAUGAGCGAGCUUGCUGUGAGAAGGUGCUGAGCCAGGCGAUUGGGGCGGAGUACCAGCAGAACGGGGUUUCCAUGCUGUAUCACCUCGUCACAGAGAUGUUCAGGACGGGGCUGGAUCUUCUCCCCACACUGGUGGUGGCUCCCAUGUUCUUCUCAGGUCAGGUGACCUUUGGCACCAUCCACCAGUCACGGCUCUUAUUCAAGCACCUCAUGAGUGGCAUGAUGGACUUGGGGAAGGAGCUGGCGGACAUUGCCAAGAUGGGCGCCGACUCCCUGCGCAUCCAAGAGCUCUGGGAUGCCCUUGCGGCGCUGGAGAGGGAGGAGGUCUGCAAGGACUGGGACUCCGAGAAGAGCAAGAUCUACACGGACAGCGACGGGUACUCAAGCGGCCUCUCCCACUUUCAGCUCGAAGAGCUGCCACCUCAUGAAUCCCUCCGGCUGCAGGUGUCCGAGCUCACGCUGCUGCCUCCGCAAGGUGGCACACCGUUGCUGAGAAACCUGAACUGUAGCUUGCAUGCGGGCGAAUCGCUCCUCAUCGAAGGCGCAAGUGGUUCCGGCAAGAGCUCCUUGCUCCGUGCCAUUGCAGGACUUUGGGUGCAGGGUCAGGGGCGCAUUCGUCGGACCAGACGGGAGAGGUGCUUCUUCGUGCCGCAGUCACCCUACAUCUGCUUGGGAUCUUUGAGAGACAACCUGCUUUAUCCACUUCAUGCAGGCCGAGAGGGCGACCCGCCACCCUCAGAGGAGGCGAUCGGCGAGGUCCUGGAGUCUCUGGGCCUUAGCCAGCUUCCCUUGCGCUUUGGAAUGGACCAGGAGGUGGACUGGCAGAAAAUCCUGUCCGGUGGCGAGCAGCAGCGGCUGCAGCUGGCCCGGCUUCUGCUCCACGCGCACUGGGGCGAGGCUGGGGCCGGUCUCCCGAACCUUCGGAGCCGCUUCGUGAAGGGCCAUCAUAAAGAUAAGGAACCAACAAAAAGUCGCUAA